GCCGGAGCAGCUGGUUGGUGGUGGCGGCCGCGGCUCACAUGUGGCUCAGACGCGUGGCCGCCGGAGUGCCGGGAAGGCCGCUAUCCCUCUCCCGCUCACGCCGCCCAACAUUCGCCGCUCAGCCCGACCACGCCACUUCACAGACAUCCCUCGGCCAACCACUGAGGCGUGAGCACAAAUUAAUGUGGUCCAGUUCAGUGACUGUUGCUAAUGACAACAAGUGUCUGGGCUACCAGAGAUAAGAGCCACAGUACGUUCAUUCAUGAGUGCCGUGUGGGUUCAUUCAUGACUGGGGUUGUAGUACGCGCGAGUGUGUCUACAGCUGGAAGGAGUUCAUAAAAAGACGGCAUCUCUGCAAGCCGAGCGGCGCCUUUCUCCUUCUCACUGAGUGGCGGAACACUAGAAAGGAAACCACAAGAACCGUUGCUUGUGGCUCAAGAGUGAAGUUCAGCAACAGAGGUCCACUGCAGCCCGCAGCAUGGUGUAUCAGAUCUUCAGGGAGCUGCGGGUCCAGCGACGCUACACAGAGCUCAGGGACCACGAGGCGCUGCCAGAAAAGGUGUGGCUGUACCCGGAGGAGGGAUGGGCGCGCGCUUCAUGCAACAGUCACUGGCUGCUAAAGACGCCGUGGUGGUCCCGGAGACACUGCCACAUCCUGGAGGUGGAGGGAACCCGCAGGCACAAGACGGUGGGGCGAGUGGUGCCCACACGCGAGGGGGAGGUGGUAGUGGAGGGCACCUUCCGCGGCCACCAAGACGGAGACUUCAGGCUAGUGCUGACCUCCGCCGCCCUCACCCCCGCUGAUCAACGUCUCGGCUACCUCAUGACCGGCUCUCUCGAGAGAGGCGACCGCAAGCUGGGCAAGUGGCAAACCACACACUUGGCAGUCACCAAGCGUUCCGGCUUUUCCUGAGGAUGGGAAGAGACGAAGCCAUAGCUGGAGCUUAGCCUCCCACAGCAGCAAUGAAGUGCUGCUCCCGUGGCUGUGAUGGCUGGCAACGCCUCGCCCGCACCGCGUCCCAAGAGGGAGUGUUGGUGUUUGCUCACUGCAAAUCGACGACCUGGUGGCCCCGCGCUGCACCACAUGCCGCCGUCCAGGUGGAAGUCCAUGACGUGGCUCUGAAGACGUCACAGUUCGGUGCUACUCGCCAAGCGUCUCGGGUCACACUUUCAGGGAGUCUUCUCACCCAUCACUAGCUUUCAGCUCACUUUUUUUUUCUUUCACCUCUCACCAAAAUGUCCCAGAGGGAUGGCAGCCGUCAUGGCCAUUUCGCCUACUUACAGUUUUUGCCUAAAUAUCAAUACAGGACUUUACUUAGUAUACUGAGCUUGUGAUAUACUUAAGUUUAAACAAGAACAGAUCCACGACAUUAAUGAGUUGAUUACAUUGAUGUGUGUCUCAUGCAUUACACCCAGAGUAUCGUCAUUUCCUUAUUUGCUCCUGCUACCUCAUGUUCUUCACUGGCGCCCUUUGGAGUCUUCAUCACAUGUGGCAUGAACACUCCUUGUGACGGGGAGUUAGCACUAAUAGUGAACAGUUACUUAUAAGUACGGUUUGUGUGACGGAGAGGAGAGGCUGACGACACAGGUUGACAUUUCAAGUUAAGCAAGCAAACACGUUGCACGCGAUAUACGUACAGCAUGGAGAACAAUAAAUUAUUUUUUAUUAUU